CUCCAAUCGCCAAAUUCAGAUUCCAACAGUUCAUCAAUAAUUAAACGACGAUUUACUCUUAUAAUCUGCAGGGCUGUAGAUUUCAGAGACCUAGAUCCCUUUUGUGACGAAGGAAAUGGAUCCGGAUUCAGUGAAAUCAACUCUCUCUAAUUUGGCUUUCGGGAAUGUUUUGGCUGCCGCUGCCCGCGAUUAUAAAAAGGAAUUGCUGACUCAGGAGAAAGCGAAUGCAUCUAGCUCCUUUAACGAGGAAGUCGAUCUCGAUGAAUUGAUGGAUGAUCCCGAGCUCGAAAAAUUGCAUGCAGACAGGAUCGCAGCUCUUAAGAAAGAAGCAGAGAAGCGGCAAAAGCUGUCAAUGCAAGGUCAUGGAGAAUACAGGGAGAUAACAGAAGCCGACUUUUUGAGUGAAGUUACAGGCACUGACAAAGUGAUUUGUCAUUUUUACCAUCGAGAGUUCUAUCGUUGCAAAAUUAUGGACAAGCAUUUGAAGACCCUCUCUCUGAGACAUUUUACUACCAAGUUCGUCAAAUUGGAUGCUGAGAAUGCUCCUUUCUUUGUUUCGAAGCUAGGAAUCAAGACAUUGCCAUGUGUCAUAAUGUUCAGAAAAGGAGUAGCAACGGAUAGGGUGGUCGGGUUUCAAGACUUGGGGGGAAAAGAUGAUUUCUCUACAAGGUCCCUCGAGAUUCUCUUGUUGAAGAAAGGAAUUAUCGAGGAGAAGAAACGAGGAGAAGAGGAUGAUGAUUAUCUCGAAGGUAGAAAUAAGACAGUGAGAUCAUCGGGCAACCCUGAUUCUGAUUCCGACUGAGAGAAAAGACUUCGAACCUUUGAUUGUAAUGAAAAUUUUAUGUAGCUUGCGAACGUUUCAUUUCUUGUUAGAGAUUUUUAUUUCGUAGUUUUCUGCUAGAAAAUGUUUUAAGACAAUUAUUCGAUUCGGUUUAGAACAUGCUUGUAUAAGGUUGGAUGCUUCUCAAAUGCCAGUGUCGAUGAAUUAUAAAAUAUAAUUUAACUAUAAUGAAAAAAUGUUUUUUUAUCCUUA